UCCUCUGCCGUUUGAAAUGGCCCGGACUAAGCAGACAGCGCGCAAGUCCACCGGCGGGAAGGCCCCGCGCAAGCAGCUGGCCACCAAGGCGGCCCGCAAGAGCGCGCCGGCCACAGGCGGCGUCAAGAAGCCGCACCGCUAUCGCCCGGGCACGGUGGCUCUGCGCGAGAUCCGCCGCUACCAGAAGUCCACCGAGCUGCUGAUCCGCAAGCUGCCCUUCCAGCGCCUGGUGCGCGAGAUCGCCCAGGACUUCAAGACUGACCUGCGUUUCCAGAGCUCUGCCGUCAUGGCGCUGCAGGAGGCGUGCGAGGCCUACCUGGUGGGCCUGUUCGAGGACACCAACCUGUGCGCCAUCCACGCCAAGCGCGUCACCAUCAUGCCCAAGGACAUCCAGCUCGCGCGCCGUAUUCGCGGGGAGCGGGCGUAAGCUGUCCUCUCAGCGUGUGGUGACCUUGAACCCAAAGGCUCUUUUCAGAGCCACCCAAAAUUCCAAUUAGAGCUGUAGGAAAAGUGUAGUAUUUAGUUCCCCGUACCACUUAACAGUGCGCAGCAAAUAGUUGCAGUCUUGUCCUUGAUAUCUAUACUUUGCCAGAAGACGUAAUCAAGGCAGGUUGUAUGUGGCACAGUUUAAACCGAAUUGUUCCUAACUCACCGGGAACCUUUGAGACCACAGCUCCAGUUUCCCACAAGGGCGGAAAUAGGAAAAAUAACAUCUUGCAAAUAAAGGGUUUUGUUAACUCCAUUUGCCACCCACAAUUCAUAAAGGGAUCUGUCUUGGGGCGAUUGGUGAACACCAACUUUCAAAUAGCUCUGCAGCUUUUUCUACACAAAGCUUCAGGUUUGGUGGAGUAAAUUCUCACAACCCAAAAAUUAAUUAAAAAACCACCCAACACC